AUGGAAAAGUUCAGUGCAUACAGAGAUCCUGGAACUGGUAUACAGCCAUUUUUGACACCAGUCCCUCCUCUUGGGGCUGAAUUCGUGGCAAAAGUAACAUUGCCCGUUCGAUAUAUCUUGGCCGUUGUCAGGACGGCUCUGGUCUUAACUCUUGCCUUAAUAUACAUUAUUUUAGUCAAAGGUCUCUUUCUGGUUUUUUAUCCAAUUCCCCCAUUAUAUCGUACCAUCGACAAUCUCUUUACCUAUGUAAUUGGGCGCACCGCCCUCUUUACACUAGGUUUGUUUUGGAUUAAUGUGGAACAGUUCAACAGAAAACGCGUGAGAGGCCCUAAACUUGUAGAAAAAUGCUCUCCCAAAGCAGCAGAUGUCAUAGUGUCGAACUGGGCAUCCUGGAUUGAUGUUGUCUGGCUUGCUAUUCGAUUUAAUCCCAUAUUUGUGCUUCCCGUUCCAGUGUCGCUACCUGAAUCGACCGUUGCAUCUAGGGCAUCUACCCCGGUAUCACACACACCUGGUCGUCGGACCGGAACAGGUUCCGCAAACAUCCAAGUUGCAUCCAGGACAACUACCCUUCGUGUCCCAAUUUCCGGAUUCCGACAGCUUUCGCUCCUUUCAAUGAUUAUACACACCGGAGGUGUGCCCCCCUAUGGAAGUAUGGAAUGCCGCCCUCUUGAAGACAUUAGGCGAAGCGCGUCUAGACCCAUUGUUGUAUUUCCUGAAUGCACAACCAGCAAUGGGCGUGGGUUGCUGCGAUUCGCCGACGUAUUUCGGCAGACUGUGCCAGUCAAAAAGUUUCAAGUCUUCGUUGUCUCGAUUCGGUAUGAUCCACCAACCAACUUGGCACCCACACUAACGCACACGAUGCCUUCUCGAAUCUUUAAUCCACUCCCACAUAUUUUCUCUCUUGGUACAGCGUUAUCAUCCGCUCAGAUGUCCAUUCGUCUUCUUGCUCCGUCGGAAUCUCCGAGUUCUCAAUUAUUCAUGGUACACGAGGUUUUAUCUGACUACGCGGGUGAAGACCAACUUUCGGAGACGUGUGCCCACCUAAUUUCUCAGAUGGGCAAACUGAAAAGAAUGGGCCUCGGUUGGGAAGAAAAAUAUCAUUUCCUGGAUUUCUACAAAGGCAAAAGUAAAUGA